AUGAUCGGUACAAUCUUUAUCUUUGCUGUAGUGAUUAUUGCAUUUUUAAUAUACUUGCCAUAUUCUUCAGGUUUAGCUACGUAUAAAUAUGAAAAAAAGCCUUCAGAAAGGGCCCAACAGAAGAAUAAAGACGAGUACUUGAACAACUACCAGGGUUAUAUCCCACCGGAUGAAGAAGCGGCUUUGAGAAAACAAGGGCAAGAUUCGCAUUCAUUUAAGGUUAGUGUUUCCAAGCUCAAGGAAAAAGCCCACGUAACAUCUAGUGACAUUCCUUUGAAAUUUAAAUUGCAGCAAGAUUCUACGUUGAGGAAGAGAAAUAAGGAAAAAUUAGACAUCAACAAUGACCCUAAUAAAUUCGAUUACGACAUUGAUGAGCUUAUAAGGGAAGAGAAUGAAUCAGCUAUGGAGGACCAGAAAAGAGAGUUUUAUAAGAAUCUCCAAAUGGGAAAAGAAAAGGAGGCGAUGGUGUAA